AUGAUUUUAGAGAAAAUAAAAAUGAUAAACUGUCUGCAAGGUUCCAAGCAACACUCCUUAUAAAAGAGUAACAAAAAUAUUCAAUUUAUAUUAAAAAUAUUACAUUUCAAACUUGAGACUUUGCCUUACCCUACACGCUUUAGUUUGCAUAUUCAUCAUGUAAAAUGAGAUAGAUGCGAAUGGGUUAAUUUAAUUAACAGAAAGGCACAAUUAAACUGAUGUUAUGGGAUUAUAAAGCAGCUGAGCUGAACAAAUUGAUAUUUGAAAACAUGGAGAAUAUUUUUUUUUCUUUAAAAUCAAUUGUUAGAUUUAUGAAGAUUUUUAAGACAAAUAAAUGUCAGUGCGUAUUGUGAAAAUUUAGUGAUUUUUGUAAUUUUAGUGCGCUCUACUUAACUUUUUCUUUUUUCUUUUGUUUUUAAAUAAAUCAUUCUGUACAAUUUGUUCUUUGGAAAUUUAUUUCCAAACAUUUAUCGAAACUUUCUCGUAUGAAUCAACAUCAUAAUAAUGAUGCUCCCUUUUCGUGUAACUUCAGUGCCAAACCGUUUGAAAUAUCAACACCAAUUUGUGGCUAUUUUUUCUGCAAUUAUUUAAACCAGUCUCUCAAAUUAACAUUUGAUUGUUUUUUUUUGUUAAGGUGAAUGGGGAAGAAAAUUAGAGGUUAUAUUUUACAAAUUCAUUGUUCUUAAUUGUAUUUGAGGUUAAAAUAAUAAGGUGCAGUGCAAAUUAUUUCUGACAGUUUAAACGAAAAACAAUUUCUCUUCAUCUUGAAGAAAAUAUACAUCACAUGGAAAUUUUAAUUGAACGUUUUGCAAAAAUUUUACCAUAAACCUAUAUUGAUUGGCUUCUUUCACUUGCUGGUUGAUGGACGAAAGGUUUUUUUUAUGUUUUGGGGUUUGGUUUAAUGUAGGAGAGGUGUUAGAAAUUUUCAAGAUGUGAAAAAUGUUUUUUUUUUUUUUUUGGUUUUGGAUGGUGCAAGGAAAUGUGUACCCUAUGGCUCUUGCAAGUAAUAUUUAUUAGCAUACGUCAUGUUUACUUGUUGGCCAGUUGAUGUGAUUGUGUAGUAUGAGAUAGUGACAGUGCAUGAAUGGAUAAAUGAGUGUGAGAGAGUAAGAUAUUCCAUAUAGUUAUAUACUUGGAGGUUUAUAUUAUUGCUCAACUCACCUCCAUAUAGUGUUGGAAGAUACCAAAGUGAAUUCUUGUUUUCCUCUCGUAUGUUUAGUUUUACGGUAACUUCCAUCCGAUAUUCAUAAAGUAUCUGGGUGUCUUGUUCGAAUGUCCGAAAAAUUAACCCAUAAGUUUAAUUUGUGUCUAAUAUAUGGAUUAAGCAGAGCCAAGAGGAUUAUGUGAUUACGUUUUUCCGCAUCAUUUGUGCACAAAUUGUCAACCUUGAAUCAACUAAUUAAUUUUGCCGUGACUACGAUGAGAUAAAUUAAAAAAGAAGAAAAAAUUAAAGAAGAUCUAAAACAAAACAAAAAAAUCUCUCGGUAUAUUGUAAAAGCAUAAUAUAUUGUUCGAGAGAUUUAUACCAAAUGGAUGUGUGAAAGAGGAUUUACGGUGGAAAAUGAAGUUCUACUUAAUUCAGUACAUUGUGAAUUGAUGAAUAGAAUUGAAAAGAAAGAUUAAAAAAUAUAAUAUAUAUAAUUAAAAAUUAAAAAAAAAAUAUAAUUAAAAUAAGAAAUAGAAAAUGUUUGCACCAAGAAACUCAUCGCCAAAUCAAGUGUUUAACAAUGAAGAUGUUGCUGCAUAUCAGAUAAAACUGAAGAAAGUCUUGGGACUUACCGUAUGCAGCAAUGCAGCUCUCGAUGUGUCACCCACUUCUGGCAUCUUGGCCUAUCCAGCUGGAUGCACAGUUGUUCUCCUGAAUGCCAAGAAAUUGAGUCAAACGUACCUCCUGAAUACUUCACGAAAAGCCAUUACAGCAGUGGCUUUUUCUCAGUGCGGCCGAUAUGUUGCAACAGGGGAAUGUGGCAUAAAUCCAGCAAUUAAAGUCUGGGAGUUGGAUCCACUAAAUGGUAACCUGGAGAAUGGAGCGGUCGGUGGGAAUGUUGUGGCAGAAUUUCUGGGUCACAAAUAUGCAGUCAGCUGUGUGGCUUUUUCGCCCACUGGAAAGUAUUUGGUCUCGGUUGGUUCGCAACAUGAUAUGAUUGUUAAUGUGUUCGACUGGAAGCAGAAUUCGAAGAUUGCGUCCAAUAAAGUGAGUGCCAAAGUUGUUGCAGUCGCCUUCAGUGAAGAUGGCAGCUAUUUUGUCACGGUGGGAAAUCGACAUGUGAAAUUUUGGUACCUCGAGGGAAAUAGGAAGUACAAAGAACCAAUUCCGCUCAUGGGACGAAGUGCCAUCUUGGGUGAUCUGCGUAACAAUGAUUUCUGUGCUGUGGCUUGUGGCAAGGGUGAGAUGUUUGAGAGUACCUAUGCUAUAACGCGAAAUGGUCAAUUGGUGGAAUUUAAUUCGCGACGAUUGUUGGAUAAAUGGGUGGCAUGUAGGACAUCAUCGGCAAAUUGUCUGGCCGUUGGGACAAAGUACAUCUUGGUGGGAUGUGCUGAAGCCAUUGUGAGAUGUUUCAAUGCUGAGACACUGGAAUAUGUUACAACAUUGCCCAGGACUCACUAUUUGGGCGUCGAUGUGGCUCAGGGUGUUCAGUUGACGCAUAUGAUGUCAGCUCCGGCAAAUGCCAAAUAUCCGGAUACCAUUGCACUUGUCUUCGAUGAGAUGCGCUCGAAGGCGACGUGUGUGUACAAUGAUCACAGUCUGUAUGUGUGGGAUUUGCGGGAUGUACGUCGUGUGGGCAAAAGUCAUUCAUUCCUCUAUCAUUCAGCGUGUAUUUGGGGGGUGGAAACAGUGCCAUUUACCUAUGUGAGAAACAAUUUAGCUCACAAUUUGCCAUUAGACUGCUUCCUAACGUGCUCCUCGGAUGAUACAAUACGUGUCUGGGAUCUCGAUGGAUGUGACAGCAAUGAUGUCUACAGGAAAAAUAUCUACAGCAAGGACCUACUGAAAGUGGCCUAUAUUGAUGAUGAACUGAAUUUUAUCAAAGACAUGGACAAUCCAAUUCUCAAUAAUGAAAAGGGCUCAACUUAUGAUGGACGAAAUGGUGUUAGAUGUAUUAAAAUUAGCACAGAGCGGAAUCAUUUGGCCACAGGGGACAGAAGUGGAAAUAUUCGAAUUUAUAAUAUAACCAAUCUCAAACUUCUGACAACCAUUGAGGCUCAUGAUUCAGAAGUACUGUGCCUGGAGUAUACAAAUGAAAAAAUUGAUAGGAAGUUGCUGGGAAGUGCCAGUCGAGAUAGACUCAUUCACAUUUUUGAUGUGGAGCAGGGAUACAAAAUUCUUCAGACACUCGAUGAUCACAGUAGCAGCAUUACGAGUAUCAAAUUUAUUGGAUGUGAUAUGAAUUUCCAGAUGAUUUCUUGUGGAGCUGACAAGGCUAUCAUCUUCAGGACAUUCCAGGGUAAUCAAUUCCAACGAGGCAAUCACUGCAAUGGCAAGAACACGCUUUAUGACAUGGAAGUCGACAGUAAUUGUAAGCACAUCUUGACAGCAUGCCAAGAUAGAAAUAUUCGAGUUUAUGGCUCAAAGACAUCCAAACAUACGAAAACCUUCAAAGGUUCUCAUUCUGAUGAAGGUAGUUUAAUAAAAUUGACACUGGAUCUCAGUGGGAUCUAUAUAGCGACUUCCUGCACGGAUAAGACACUCAGUGUCUACGAUUACUACUCGAAUGAGUGCAUGGCCAGGAUGUAUGGGCACAGUGAAUUGGUGACUGGGUUGAAAUUCACCAAUGACUGCAGGCAUUUGAUCUCAGCAAGUGGUGAUGGUUGUAUCUUCAUUUGGGAAGUACCACAUGAUAUGGUACUGACCAUGCAGGCUCGACUGUCACAGCAAGCACUGAGAUCUGGCCAGCAGAUUCCAAUUCCACGUCCGGUGUCUCAAAAUGUGGAAAUUGUGCUGGAUCAGCAGCAGAAUAAUGAGAAAAUUGAUCCGGCUUUCAUGCCAUUCACGGAAGAUGUGGUAAUUUCUGGAGGGUACAAAUUGUCCGAUGUUGGACAAUUGCCAAUGUGGGCAAAGCGAAAGGGAGCCGAAGAGCCGAAUCCGUCGGCAAAUAUUUUGGGUACGAGUCCGAGUCAGGGAUCAGUAGCACCAAAACCACGUGGAAGAUGGGCUCAGAGGAGUCAAUAUGAGCCUGAGAUGGAUUUGAGAAAUAUUGUAGAUUCACCACCAAAUUCCAGCACAAAUAACAAUAAUAAUCCCACAUCGGACUACAAUAGUUCAAGUAGCAAAGAAGUCUACAUGAAUACCUACCUCAGUGAGGAUAGUUCCAUUGACAGUGGCCUGGAGAAUCGCCGAGAAGUUGCCUUUCAGCUCAAGGUUACGGAGAAAAAUCUCAAUAGCCUGAAUUCAGAGUCAAAUACCGAACACGAUGGCGAUGUUGAGGAUAUUUCCGAUGGGGAACGAACGAGUUCUGACCAUGGUGUAUUGUUCUAUCCAACUGGAGCUCCGGGAACACCGUCAGAUUUCAAGGUGAAUGAGACAAAUGUGGAAGAACUGAGGAAGUCCAUGAGGCGCAAAACAGAAAAACAGAGGCUUCAACUUAGUCAGUCUCCGAGUGCACCGUCAACUGGAACGGGUACUGGGACGUCAGAUGAUGAAGAUGAGGCUUCGACGCCAAGUGGUGACAAUGCCGAUAGGUCUCUUGCCUCAACUUUGGGAGGGAGCAUUGAGAGUAUCCCUCAGGCGACUAGUUUUCUCAAUGCAGCCCUCGAUGGACCCUCAAAUGGCUCCGAAAGAGGUCGAAAUAGUCUCAGUGCUAUCCACAAUAGUGGCGACAAACCCGUUACCAUAUCCAAAUCAUUUACAAACACCAAAAAAGAGGAGCUCAUGAAGAUCAUCAAAGAUGCUAAGCAAAAGCUGGAAAAUGCUCAUAACAGUCAUAAAAAUGACAGACAAAAUUCAAAAGGUGGCGAGGUCGGUUACCGUCGCACGAAUCUGAGGGCUAGUCAAAGUAUUUCCGAUCUUAGUCAAGCGACAAAGUCAAAUUUGGACACUGGCAGUCGUCUCAGUCGUCCGAUACGUCCAGGAGAAUUAACUAAUACCACUAAUUCAAGUGUAAAUCAAUGCAAUAAUUUCUUCAAUUGUGCCGCACCAAAGGCUGUGCUUUUGCAAAAUUGCAAUAUAGUGCGUCAGGUGCAACAAGAUCUUCCACCAUUUCCAUGUCAGAUUGGUGCAUGGACAGAUGGUGGUGAGAAGAGGCCAAAAGUGCUGGAAUUGUCGCAGAAUGUGAUGGUGUCUGGUAGUUUAACGUGUAGUAAGAAUACAACAUUGAAUGUGGGCAAGUGUUCAGGUAUUUUGAAGAAUAAAUCAUGCCCUGUUUCACCUGUAAAUGAUGAGCUAGAAUGGAUGGGUGGGAAGAAUGUUGCAUUUUGUGAACAAAGAGGAAAUUCUGUGUGCAGUGAAGAUGCUAAAAUCAUCUUUGAGAUGAUCAAUAGUGAUACAAGGCGUAUGAUUGAUGAAAUUCAGGAAGAAUAUGGACGUGCUGAGUGUUUGGAUUUGGUGAAAAAUCCCGAAAGUUCAAAGUGUACAGCGAAAAAGGAGAAGAAUGAACAUGGAUUUCUAUCAGAAGAUGAUGGAAGUUUCAGUUCAGAUUCCCUGGAAGAUUGUAGUUUGAAUGAUGUUGGUGGUGAAAAUUCCAUGAGAAGAAAAAAGAAGAAAACCAUCUGUGCCAAACAUUCCCGAAAACAGCCAAAGAGAUCAGUAUCUGAUUAUUUCAUUUACGAUCAAUACGAUAAUUUUCGGCAAGUGUUUAAGGAUGAGGAUCCUAAUCAAUUUCUAGAAACUCAGAGACAUUCAAGUGCUAGUUUUUUCCUCGGGCAGCAAUAUCCUGAACGUAAAAGUCAGGAAAGUAUCAUUUCUGAUGAGACUAGCGUUGGUAUAAGUUACUGCAAUAGCAUGGAGAGUAUUCUGUCGGAUGAAUCUGAGUGCAAAAGUGCACCUCUUGAAGUCCUAUUCAAUCGUACAAAAAAUCGCUAUCAUCACAAUCUUACAACUUCAAUGGACAUGGAUGUUACAUCGAAAUCUUACGGUUCAAGUCCCAAUGCUACAACAGGUUUUGAUUAUUUUAUGCAGCAACAUCAAAUGGACAUUUUUCCAGAGGAAGAAGAUUUUGAAAUGCCCAGAAUGUCCUCAUCAAUAAGUGUCCCUCAAUUCACUAGCAAUCCCUUUGGGCAAUUUGAAGAUUUAGACUUUAUCCCUUCAAUGAGUUCUAAAGUUGCUCAGUACAAUAUGGUUGUCAAUAAGAGUUUGAGCAAAGAAUUUGCCCAUGAAAGGCAACAAAAUAAUUCAAAUCCCCUCUUCGGAUGCGAUGGUAGUGAAUUAUUUGUGAGAAAACCUAUUCCACCACCCAGAAAGCCCCAGACAGAAGAAAAUCCGAGUUUAGUGAGAAAAUCUUGUAGUUUCGAAAUUGAUAUGGGCGAUUGUCGAAGGACUGAAAAGAGUUUUCGAAAAUUUGAAGCUAAUCUUCAAAAAUUCGAACGUGAUCGACAUCUUUUUCGCCUGGGUGAUCCACUGCAAAUGGAUUAUGUGCCACACAAACCUCCAGUUGCCAAUCGUAGAUCAACUAGUAUGAAGGCUAGAUCGAAAACAAAACCCAAAGAUAAAUUUAAUACAGUCAGCCAAAUUUUAUUCGAACGUAAACCACUUAAAGCUGAGGCACCGCUUGAAGAAGAAAAGUCUUUUGAUAUUUUCUUCUCAGAAGCCCCAACAAUUGAUGAUGAUAAUAUGGAUAGUCUUGAAUUGGAGGCCAAUGCAGCGAAAAUUUACAAAGAGAAUUCUGUAGAUUCACUGGAUGAUAUCCUAGAGACAAAUGCCGAUAAACCUAGACAUAUGGAUUUUCGAAAUACAGUCCAAUAUGCCAAAUUUCGCGAUAUUGAGAAGAAAAUUGAUGUUAUUAAUAAAUUAGUGGAGUUGGAGGAGCAAAAGCUCGAGCAAGAACGUCUGGCCAAGGAGGAGAGACUCAAGCCAUUUUCCUGUGAUCGCAAACAAAAGGGCUAUGUGAAAAGUUUAACGAUGAAUUUUGACAAAUUGGCCCAACGCAAUACGAACCGUGAGUUCGACAGGGAUCUUCAUGUGAAGAGUCGCAUGAGGAGAAAUUAUAGUUUGCCGGAUGUUCUCGAAGGAGCCAAAUAUCAGUCAUUUCAAGUGAUUGAUUGUCCCAUCAGACAGGACAAUGAGCACACCAUUAAACACUUUCGGUCAGACUAUAAACCGAUGAGUUCCAAGCCAAUACCAAGUGCCCGGACAAGUGUACCAGCGAGUCGAACAGCUGCUAAGAGGAGUGCAGUAUCUGGAGGGAAACUGGAGGUGACAUCCAGUGGGAUGGGAACAAGAAGUGUAUCAAUGGGAAUGUUGAAUCAUGCGAGUGAUUCGGAACCAGAGACACGAGGUGGUGUGAUGAAGCCUACAAUUUCCUCCCAAAAUAAAGUCAAUACAGCAUCCUCCAAUUCGGGAAGGGCUGGCAACAAAGGUGGUCCAUUUGGGGCACCAAGAAGACGCGGAAUGCAAAAUUCCUACAGUAGUAUUAAUUUGACGUCAGCGGGUCAGGAUGAUUCGAGUUCCGAGGAGACUACUGUUGUUCAGGCACCACCAAGUGGUAAGCCAGCUGUUCCUCCGCGACCCAGAAAUCUCUCUGGUGACCACAAACGAAGCAAUCUCAAGCAGAACAACUUGAAUGAUACGGAAGUUCCGUGCAAAGACAACGACAAUUCAGACUUGGCUCAAUGCUCUCGACUCAUAAACCAAUUGAUGCUGACGACAAAUUCGGUUGUUCAGCUCCAUUCGAGAUUGAGGCAGACGGAAGAGGGGAGUGGUAGUAAUUUUAUGCUGCAGGAAUUGGAGAAUGCUGUUGUUAUGACGCAGAAUAUGCUAACAAAAGUCACUAAUCAAAAAAAUAACAAAGACUCUAACACAAGUCCAUUCUCUGCUGGCCAGCAAAAUCAACAUAUCAAUCGACUGGAAAAUGGGGAAUAUGUACAAAUGAGAGAGAAAUGCACUGAUAUGUUGAACAAGGUUCAAAAUAUGAAUAAUUCGUAGGAUUGUGGCAGGAUGCUCGAGAACGUUUUCCUCUCUCUAUCUCUCUAAUAUUACAAAAAAAAAAUUAACUAUUGAUGUCUUUUGAAUUCUUCUCGAUGUUGUGUGAAAAAAAAGAAUAAGAUAUACAACGAUUAAAAUAUUUUGCGAAAUCUUUCAAAUUGCAAAUCAAUGUGGAGAAAAUCUAUUCUUUUAAAAUAGACAGAUUACUCUAUCGUUAUUUAUAUAUUAAAUAUACAACACAAUGUAAUUGUAAUGAAAAGAAAGUUUCAGAUAAAUUACUGAUAGAAGCAAAAAGACACUAAUAGUAUAAUAAUUGAAACAAUUAAAUUAUCUGUUAGUUUUAUCCCCAAUUGCCCCAUUUAAUUGCAUAGGUAAGAAUGUUGUUUUGUUUUUAAUUAGUAACUAAAUUAAUUGUCUAAACAAAAAGAAAAGCAUUGAAACUAAAGAAAAGACAUUGAUUUACAUUCACGUCACUAGAAUAAUAAAUUUUUCUUGGAAAAAAAAACGAUACAAGAUACAGUGAAAAACGGAAUUUUAGUAUUUAGAUUAAAUUUACAAUUAAAUUCUCUGUGGUUUAUUGGGAUUUGCUAAUAAAUUUAUUAUCUAAAUUUAUUUCAAAUUCCCUUCCCAUAAUAAGAAUUGAGAAAAAAAAAGAAACAUUCGUCCAUUUUUUUUUUAAAAAAGAACGUAAUUUUACAAUUUAUAGUUAUUAGUUGAUAUAGAGAAAUCAUUUAUUUAAUGGUUUUUUUUUAAUAAAAUAAAUUUUAGCGUUAGAACAUUUUAAAACAAUUUAACUAAAAACUCACAAUGCUUUAAAAAAAUCAUUAUUGAGAAUAAAAUACAAUUAAAAAUUCCGAAUAUUUCAAUUGUAAUUGAUGAAAGAUUAAAAAAAAUAAUAAUUGUAGUUUAAAUUCAGGGAUUAACCUAAAAAAAUAAUUAAACUGAGAAUUGAUAAUCUUUAAAAA